GAAAACUUUUCUCAUCAGGAAGCGCUCUUAUCAAGGACAAAGAAAGCCGGCAUUGUACAGUACAGUGCCACUUCAAGCAUGUCAAGAGUCAUGUGCCCGCUGAACGAUAGGCCGGCCCACAUGCAUGACAUGAUGACAGUACAGUAGGCCUAGCAUGACACCACAUGAUUGAUUGCCGAUUAGGCCUGUACUCAGUACGUGUAUGAGACGCUUGAGAGAAGUUCGCAAUGUGUGGUUAGCAGUGGACAACCCUUGUGUAGAGAGGGCCUCAACAAUGCCUAAAAGUACCGAGAAGGAGUUUUUCUUUCAGUUCAAAACAAAGGAGUUGUUGUCCAAACUCCACGUACCAAUAUCAAUACCACUGAACAUUAGCAGUCGGGAGUUUGUGGGUAGACUGGUGAAUACACACAAUCUGCCAUGCUUUGUAGAGGAAGACAUCAAUUUGAAUCUUGCUAAGUUUGUUGCCAAGGAGACGGCUGCAUUUCAUGAUCAGAAUGCACAAGAAGCCAUUCAGACAUUGCAGAAAGCCGGUGACGAUGAUAUCGGAAAUAUUGCUGAUAAAUGGGCCAAGGCAUACACACAGGAGUGUGUGGCUUAUGCACCGGAUAGCAAGCCCAAACCAGAAGUAGGAUUUGCAGAGCUGUAUCACAAACUGAUCCAUUCACCAGCACUGGAGAUUCUCUUUCGUUUGGAACAUACUUACGCUGUGGCCGUAGAGGAUGUUCUGAUUCAGAGGGAUCAGGCAUUGGCUAAGCUUCAAGAAAGGCAAGCAGCUCAGAUCCAACAAGCUGUUCAGAAUCUUGAUUACACCCAUAAUGACCAACAAGUCAACAGGUUAGCAGCUCAACACUUUGAAAACAUCCAAUUUGAAGAAGCCAAAUGGGACAGUGAAUUGAAGAAUCUUCAAGACACUCAGAGAUUGGAAUUCCGUAACUGGAUCGAGCAGUUAGGAGAUGAUAUGGAGAACGGUACUGAAGGACCUGUGAGUCGCAGGAUACGAGCCAUGUCAGACUCAUUGCCGGCGCCGAGGAGGAAAGAACUUGUAGAAGAGCCUAGACUGGAGGAAAGUUUCACCAUCCAUCUCGGUGCACAGAUGAAAACCAUGCAUAAUAUUCGAUUGAUGUCCGUAGAUGUCUUAGAUCUCUGCAAACACAAACCAAACAGAGAGGGUGGGUCUCUUGAACCUCAACCCCAGAGGUUACAAACAGCGAUGUCCUUGUUUUCUUAUUCCUUGUCCGGCCUCAUUCUCAUGGUGGACGACAGGAUCAACUCUUACACGGGCAUCAAGCGAGAUUUUGCAGCUGUUUGCCAGCAGUCGACUGAUUUCCACUUUCCUGACCUUGACACUCAGUUGAGAGUGAUUCAGCAACAUGCCGUACAAGCCAACACCAUACGCAGAGCAAGAAAAGCUGAGAAGAUUAGCCAAGAUGGGUCUAGCAAUGGUAGUGCUGACCGAAGAUCAGUGGCAUCAAAUCAAUCCAGACAGUCUUCAGAAGAUGGUGAAGUCACUUCCAAUCUCAAGACAGGGGAUUUCUACAUCACCAAACAUUCCAACUUGGCUGAGGUACAUAUUGUCUUUCAUCUUGUUGCCGAUGAUAGCCUCCGUAGCAGUGACAUCAACUCGCGUCAUCCCUGUAUCCUGGCUCUCCGGAAUAUUUUGAAAUGCUGCGUAGAGUUUGACAUUCAUGCCAUAACUCUACCACUGUUCUUACUCUAUGAAAUGUAUGAGGAGAUGACAAUCGCUUGGUGUGUGAAGCGGGCAGAGCUUGUGUUGAAGUGCAUCAAAGGUUUUAUGAUGGAGAUGGCUCAAUGGGGUGGAAGUGAGAGUCGAACCAUCCAGUUUGUCGUUCCAAAGGGUAUUUCUGAUGAUCUGUUUGCUCAACUCAGUGCGAUGCUACCACAAAUCUUCAGGCUCUCAAGAACGUUAGAUCUUUCACAGCAUAAAUAGAAACGUGGACGAUAUAUUGUAACACUUCAUCAGCAUUGUUGAGAUUAACAUCAACAAUCGUAUUUUCAGUAUGUCCCAUGGAGUUAGGUGUGUACCUUCUACGGAACUCUCUGUUUACCUCUGUUUAUUGCCUUUUUAUCAUACCAACAGAACGUUAGAAGUGGCUAUAAAAACACAUUCCAGAUUCUUUACAAAACUAGCCGAUUUGCCAAAUUGAAUUCUAGACUUGGUGAAUGUUGGACGAUUUGCCCUACCAAAUUUUAAUCCUCCCUAAUAUCCAAUUCCUGACUGUACUAUGCAUCUGAUAAAUUAUGCAUAGUACAUUCCCAACCGUUAAACCAAACACUUACAUGAUGUUUGAUUUCUGUGGAAUCUUGCAUUUUGGCAUUACGGUUGAUCGAUUUAGGCACUUACUUACUUUAGCAGGUACCAAAAAAUGCUUGCCAGGUAACAUAGUAAGCAGCAUAUUUUUUAAUCCUUGUUCAAGUUGUAUGCCCUGCAGUGCUCUCAGAAUGAUAUUUCACAUAAUUUUGUGCUUUUAGAUUAAAAGCUUUCCCUAGACAGGAACCAGCUUUGGGAUUGUGAGUGUACAUUUUACCAAAAAUUUACUGCUGUUUGAUUCAUGUCCAGGUUUCAUUGUUUAAAGAAAUCUAACUUAAAUAUCUUUACCAAAUAUGAAGUACUUCUGUGUUUACAUAAACCAGACAUUUGAGCAUGUUCAGUUUCAUUUUGAAUUAAAACUCCUGUUAACACUUAUGUCAUAUGUCCAUUUUGUAUUUGAAACAUUGUUAGAGUACUAGUCAUGCCAAAUACACAGCUGAAACUAUGAAUACAGAAGCACUGAAACUUUGGGUAUAAUGGGAUUAAUUUUUAUCCAAUUUAUUGAUUUUUUCAUCCAUGUUAUUACACAAUAUACACAGUAGAAAAUACAUGUAUCCACAGGCACACAAAACCACUUUUAUCUGCUCAUCAAGUUUUCUUUAAAACACAUAUACAUCACCAACACUGAAAACAAUUACUGUAUUUCUCAGCCCGUGCAGUAAAAAUCAUGAACUUGAUUUGUAAUCUUUAGAAGAACAAUUCUGUGAAUUAUCUGAACGGAUCAUGUAAUAAAUCAUGCAACAUGUUAACAAUCA